CCCUAUUUGCACUUGCACUCACAAAAAGCAGAUUAAUUCAACAAAAAAAAUUGAAAAUAUGGGUCGUGGAAAGAUCGAGAUCAAGAAGAUCGAGAACACCACAAACAGACAGGUGACCUAUUCCAAGAGAAGAAAUGGUAUCUUCAAGAAAGCACAAGAGCUCACUGUGCUCUGCGACGCUAAGGUCUCCCUCAUCAUGUUCUCCAGCACCGGAAAAUUCCAUGAGUUCAUCAGUCCUUCCAUCACGACGAAGGAAUUUUUUUAUGAAUACCAGAAAACUGCCGGGGUAGACCUCUGGAGCUCCCACUAUGAGAAAAUGCAAGAAAAUUAUAAAAGGCUGAAGGAAAUCAACAACAAGCUGAGAAGAGAGAUCAGACAGAUGAUGGGGGAAGAUUUAAAUGGUAUGAGCAUCAAGGAACUGCAAACUCUCGAGGGAAAUAUGGCUCAUGCUGCGGACAAAAUACGAAACAGAAAGCUUCAUGUGAUUAAGACACAAACUGAGACAUACAGGAAGAAGGUGAGAAACCAGGAACAAAGACAUGGAAAUCUCCUCCUACACUGGGAAGCAAAGCAUGACGAUCCCCAUUAUGGGUUAGUUGAUAAUGAAGGAGAUUAUGAAAUUGCACUGGCAAAUGGAGGCAACAACCUCUACUCGUUCCGUUUGCACAACAUGAACCAUCACCAUGGAGGAAGAUUUGAAGAUCUGCGUCUUGCUUGAAUGCUAUAUAUUGAUAUGAUGAAUUGUGGGAGUUGCUAAUAUACUAAUUAGAAGAAGGAAACAAUCUCGAUCAUGUUGGACUAGCUAUGGUACUAAUUAAUCUUACCUGCAAAACUUUGUUAAGUAGUUGGCUUACUAGCUACAAUAUUAGCCUGAAACUGAAAGUUUAUGGAAGGCUUGCAUGCACGUUCAAUGCCUUCUUUGAACCUUUCACCUGCUAUAUAUAUAAUUUGCUGUGUGUGAUUAUCAUAAUUU